GUGUCUCCGUGUAUGUCUCUGAUGGAGUCAAUCACAGAGGGAAACAUGCGUCUGGAUUUAGAGGGUGUACAAUUUCAGGAAACGUUAGCUAAGAGAUCCGUGGCAGAGGUUGGUGCUGGGAAAUCAAAAAGGACUCGUGUAUUUGACUAUUACAGCAUUUCUACUCUGUACCAGUAAGUUUGUUGUUAUAUUUAUCGUAGUAGCCCACAAUGCUUUGCGAAUUUACGACCUUGUGAUUCGUUUUUAUACGGGUGUUAUCUGUUCAGUGCUGGGAUAAGAAAAUGGCCUCUUUCUGGAGACCGGAGUUGUGAUUUUCAACACUGAGGUUUGUGAGCGGUCUUCAAGACAAUCUACACGUGAAUCUUUAAUGUGUGAACAUACCAUUGGAUCGUACGUGAAGGACUCGCAACUGCAAGGGGAGACACGAGAUUAUUGAUCACAGUUAUUGGUGAAUGUGAGUGGUGCCACGGUUAGGAACUUACAAUCCCAGGACGCCCAUCUCAACAUCAAUCUCAGUAUACAUUCCCCUUGUUGUCAUGGCAUCCAGUAAAUGUACUGCGUGCUCACAAUGGACCGGCUCGCUGACACACCCUUCCAGGAAGACCGUGUUCCUCAUUGUGUUCAGUGGUAUGGUCGUUUGCUCUCUCUUGGUUCAUCUUCAUUUAGAUAGUUCUAGGAAGUUUGGCAUUUAUCACGAUCACUGUGCAAAAUGGACAAAUAUCUCCGAUAUUGUGAUUCCAAACGACAAACAACUUCAUCAAAUGUCCUUGUAUACAAUAUCGUGUCUGUAUCAGCGUUACGUCACUUCCCUUCAAAGUUUGUGCACCGAACCAAAGCGUUUUGGAAACGUAGAUUACGGGGGUGCUCGAAUAUGUAUGGACAAAGGCGUGGUGCCAAGCACCGGAUGUGUAGUGUACAGUUACAAUCAUGAUUUAUCUGAAAGAUUCGUGAAACAAAUGGAAGCAAAAUUUAAAAGUGCUGUUGUCUUUUUUGGCAGAGACAUAUUUUCUAGUCAUUAUAGUGACAUGGGAGGGUUUAAUAAGAUUCUCACAAGUCAAGGUCGUGACAUAAGUGUAGUGGUUCUGAAAAUAAACUCUCGAGAUUUUCCGUUGUUUCGAAAUUUUACUGAGAGUUUGGAUAGAGUGUUAGUAAAACAGAUUAUCCUUGAAAUUCACUACGAUAGAGAUAGUGAGUCCAAGUCUGAUUACGUCACAGUUCUGGCUGCAUUGCGACGCUUGUACACUGGUAAUUACCUCACGUAUUGGUUUGAUAGAAACUGGAACUGUGUGAAAAACGAGAAGAAAAUGAGCAGAAGAACAGGAUGCUUUACUGUCAACUUGUUCCGGAAAAAUACGAACGAUUCCACUCCGUCACGUGAGAUCGACCUACCCAAAAUAUCUCCUCUAGGAACGAGUCCAAUCGAUAAACAGGAAAUGAUGAAAUACCAAGACAUCUACCUGAGAUAUAUAUCGAAGCAUCAGAUCCUCUGUAAAGAAAUGCUGCGUUUAGGUAAUAUUGUGGAUGGAGGGUGGGAUAUAUGCCACGAUGUACGGUUUCGCCCGGGGUCAACUUGUAUCGUUUAUUCAUUUGGCAUCGAUUACGAUUUUUCAUUUGACGAAGACAUGGAGAAAACGUACGGAUGUGACGUGUUUUCAUUUGAUCCCAGCAUGAAUAUGGAUGAUCAUAAACAUUCCGACCAUAUUAGGUUUUAUCGGGUUGGUCUCGGUGACAAAAAUAAAGAUAUAUGGGUUGGUGGUAAGAAAUGGAAAAUCGAGACUUUGAAAACCAUCCAAGAAAAACUGGGGCAUACGAACAAAAGAAUAGAUAUGCUAAAAAUAGAUAUUGAAGGAAACGAAAUAGCAGCAUUACCGGAAAUGGUUGAAUCUGGGGCACUGAAAAAUGUCGCGCAGCUCUGUCUAGAACUUCAUCAUUAUUACGAUCUGGGAACUUUGAGAAAAUUGCACGAUAUUGGUUUUAGGAUAUUUUGGGCUCAUCAGAAUCCAUUCGCUGAAUUUUACGCCAAUGGUGAAUCGUAUUCCUAUGGUGAUGAUGGUGUCCAGUCGAUUGUCAAUGAAUCUUCAAAGUUGUCUCCGGACUGUUUCAUCCCAAAGUCCGUACAAAAAGGUUGUUUUCCUGUCCGCAGCGCUGGCUAUUUCUGUGUGGCUCUAUUCUAUAGCCAGCAAUACUUACACUGCUAUUCACCAUGACCAUUGUUUAAACUGGUCCACGAGCGCCGAUAUUGUGAUACCAGAUGCCGAACAGCUUCAUCAAAUGUCCUUGUAUAGGAUAUCGUGUCUGUAUCAGCGUUACGUCACUUCCCUUCAAGGUUUAUGCACCGAACCAAAGCGUUUUGGAAACGUGGAAUACGGGGGUGUUCGAAUAUGUGCGGAUAGCGCUGUGGUACCCAGCCGUGGAUGUGUGAUUUACAGUUAUAAUCACGAAUUAAGCGGUAGAUUUGUUAAACAGAUAGACGCUCAGUAUAAAUGCAGUGUUGUGUUCUUCGGAAAUGAAAGCCACACGCAGAAAAACAUGAACUUUGGUGGUUUCAAUAGAGUUGUAAACAACUAUGGCCACGAACUAAGCGUAGUGAUUCUUAAAAUUAGGGCUAAGGAUUUUCCAUUUUUGUUGGAGUUUAGCAAGAGUGUAAAUCAAGUGAACGUAAAACAAAUAAUUCUAGAACUUCAUUAUGAUAGGAAUAAGGAGAAGAUAGGAGACUACGUCAUGUUAUUAAAUGCAUUACGUGAACUACGAGCCUCGAAUUACGCGAUUUAUUGGUUCGACAGAAAUUGGGAAUUCGUGGAAAAUAGUAGAACGAAACAGAGAAGAUCAAAGUGUUUUACGGUCAAUAUGUACCGGAGAAGCCAGAUUCCAACAGGUAUUUCACAUCAAGAAUCUAACGGGGCUCUAUCAGAUGUCGAUUUACCUCAAAUAGCUCCAAUUGGGACCAAGUCUAUAGAGAAAGACACAGCCCUAAAAUAUCAGGAAUGGUUUGCAAAAUUCAUAUCAAAACAUCUGUUCUUGUGCAAGCAAAUGCUUCGUUUGGGCAAUAUUGUGGACGGGGGAUGGGAAGUAUGUCACGAUUUCCGGUUCCGCCCUAAACCGCCAUGUGUUGUAUACUCAAUAGGUAUAAGUUACGAUUUUUCAUUUGACGAAGACAUGGAAAAAACGUACGGAUGUGACGUGUUUUCAUUUGAUCCCAGCAUGAAUACCGGAAAUUACAGACAUUCCGACCACAUCAUGUUCUAUCAAGUUGGUCUCGGCGAUCACGUGGGUGAAAUAGAAGUGAAGGGGUCAAAAUGGAAAAUUAAAACUCUAAUGGCAAUUAUGAAAGAAUUAGGUCACACAAAUAAAAGAAUAGAUGUGCUAAAAAUAGACAUAGAGGGAAGUGAAAGACAAAGUCUCGUGGAGAUUAUGGAGUCUGGGGCUCUGAAAAACGUGGUUCAGCUUUGUUUAGAGUUCCACAGCUAUUACGACUUGGGUGCUAUGAGAAAACUGUAUGACUUGGGCUUCAGGGUAUUCUGGGCUCACCAAAAUCCCCAAGCACCUAUGUACACAACCAAUGAAACAUACUCUUAUGGAAUGGAAGUGUAUUUUGUAAAUAUUAAUAUAAAAUAAUUUAAUUUUUUUAGCUUUCAAACGGUGUUAAUUUUACACCGAAAUCUUCUGUGUUUACUUCGUACAUUGUAUGUAUUUGUACGAGUAUGUACAUGUAUGUCGUAUUAUUUAUUUUUUUUGAUCAUUUUUCCUAUUUUGUAUUUUGACAUUUUUAUUAAGUGUUUCACAAUCUGAUCGGCCUAUUGGCUCAACUUAAUAAAAAUACUCAAACUGC